AUGGACAGCAAUUUAGGAUAUGCCCCUUUAAGCUACAUCAAAACAGAGAUGGAAGUUUCUGCGAGUGAAAUGGAGAUGCUCUGCCAAAUGACCUCAAAAUGGUUGACAAAUGGGGUCAUGACCCCUGGCAUCCACCUCCAACCUGCUGCAGCACUCUCCACAGACCAGGAGAGCUUGGCAGAGACUGAUGCCAGCACAGAGGAACCAGGUGUGGAAGUGCAACUCUGGUGCCAGUUUUGGGACCACAUUGGGAGCAGAGAAUUGAUGAAUUUGCCGUUAAACAAAUGGACGGUGGUGGCAAGCAUGUCAUUUCCCACAAGCCACAAAGCCAAUGCUCAAUAUGGAUUCAUUAAUACCUGCCUGAAAUCUCUGGUGGUGGAAAAGUUUGGUGAAGACACCUGGGAGGCCCUGAGAGCACAAGCUGAAGUUCAGGACACGUUCAUGACUUACCAGGUGUAUGAUGAUGCUAUCACACUGAGACUUGUCCAGGCAGCUUCUAAAAUGCUCAAUGUCUCUGCUGAGGCUGUCCUGAAACUCUUUGGAGGAUACUUUUUCACUUUCUGCAAGGUGUCUGGGUAUGACAGGAUGCUGCGAACGUUGGGAGGAUCGCUAAUGGAAUUUAUCGAAAACUUGGAUGCGCUUCACAGUUACCUUGCUCUGUCAUACCAGGAGAUGAAAGCACCAUCUUUUCGAGUGGAGAAGAGGGAAGAUGGAGAGAUGUGGCUUCAUUACUAUUCUGACAGAAGAGGGCUUUGUCAUAUAGUCCCAGGGAUAAUACAAGCUGUAGCCAAAGAUUUCUUUGAUACAGAGGUGGAGAUGGAAAUCCUUAACCAGUUGGAAGAGGAAGAAUGCACAGAAAAGAUGGAGCAUGUGGUUUUUCUUGUUGUCCAGAAGAAGCUGUCACAGCAACAGAGGGAGAGGCCAGAGACAAGCAUGCAGUCCAAAGGAAAAGAGCUGGAUAAAGAGGAGAUUGAGAGGUAUUUGCAUAAGAUGAAGGAGAGAUAUCGCGCACUGUCGCACUGCUCAGUCAAGAGGACACACUGGGACAUUCUCAGAAACAUUGUGAAAUUUGGCCAAAGUAACUUGCCACGUUCUUUUGAGCCAGUUUAUCCGGAGAGGCUCUGGAUUGACAGAAAAGCUUUCUGCGAUGCAUUUCCUUUCCACAUAGUCUUUGAUGAUGAGUUAAAGGUCAAGCAGGCAGGAGUGAAUAUCCAGAAGCAUGUGCCAGGACUACAAACAAUGAACAUUCGAGUUGAUGAAUACUUCACAAUCACCCAUCCAGCAGUGCCCUUUACCAUUUCCAGCAUUAGGAAAUUUAUCAACAGUCAGUUUGUACUCAAAGCACGGAGAGAAAUGAUGCCGGAGUCUUGGAAAACUCAACCACUGCUGAAACUCCGAGGACAAAUGCUCUGGAUGGGAAUGAUCCAAUGCAUGAUUUACCUGUGCUCGCCACAAUUGCGCUGCCUCCAAGAACUGGAGGAGAGGAAGAUGUACAUUGCUGACAUUGCCCAACAUGACACGACCCGAGACCUCAUCCUCCUCAACCAGCAGAGGCUGGCGGAGAUCGAGCUGUCCAAUCAGCUUGAACGCAAGAAGGAGGAGCUGAGGAUCCUGUCCAAGAACCUGGAAGUGGAGAAGAAGAAAAGCGAGUUGCUGCUGUACGCCAUGCUCCCUGAACACGUGGCCAAUCUGCUGAAGGACGGCAAACGGGUAGAAGCAGGAGAUUUUGAAGAAUGCACCAUCCUCUUCAGCGAUGUAGUGACUUUUACCAAUAUCUGUGCCGCCUGUGAGCCUAUUCAGAUUGUCCACAUGCUCAACUCCAUGUACUCCCGGUUCGAUCGUAUAACAACAGUCCAUGAUGUUUACAAGGUUGAGACCAUUGGAGAUGCCUACAUGGUAGUCGGAGGCGUGCCCAUUCCUAUUGCAAGCCAUGCGGAGAGAGUCGCCAACUUUGCCCUGGGAAUGAGGGUGGCUGCAAGAAGUGUGAAGAAUCCAGUUACUGGAGACCCUAUUCAGAUCCGAGUCGGCAUACACUCUGGACCAGUUUUGGCUGGAGUGGUUGGAGAGAAGAUGCCCAGAUACUGUCUAUUUGGUGACACGGUUAAUACUGCCUCAAGGAUGGAGAGCCACGGAGUGCCAGGCAAAAUCCACCUCAGCCCAACAGCGAACAGAGCCCUACAGAACAAAGGCUUUGAAAUAGUGGAGAGGGGAGCAAUCAAUGUGAAAGGCAAAGGGAAUAUGAUGACCUACUUUCUCGUUCAGAAUCUGUAUGCCACUGAAGAUGACAUCAUGGGGAGGCCACCAAUGAGCUAUGGAGGAGACCCCAACCAAUGCAACGAUGGCAGCAAGUGGAAAUCUGAACAGUGUAAGCAGAGUGAGCAAGAUAACAAUGAAGAUCAAGAUCACAAGCCUGUUCUAACCAUGAAAUAUGCUGACAGUGAGCAGACACCCAUAGGUAACCCUUCUGAUACGGAAACCAACGGACCCAAGCAUAACAAGUGCCCUGAGAACACAGUUAUCUCCAGGGGAGAAGAUGAAGCAAAGUCAAGACUGGACCUGAAUAAUAAGGAGCGUCUUAGUAAGGAAAAUGGAAAGUCAGAGUUUUGUAUCAUAUUGUAAACAGAGCGCUGUGUGCAUCCAAUUCACGCUGCACCUUAACUAGUUUUGUUUUCACCUUGAACCCUGAUGAAAAGAUACAAAUGAAGUUAGUUUAAUAAUGUGUUUUGGAACAUUGCAACUUCAUACCGAGUUUCCCUCAGAAACAUGUCUAUUGCGUUUCACCAAAUAAUUUUAAGAUAUUUACAAAUUUCCAUAAUAUUACAUCUUACCAAGGUCUUUAGGUCUCUUUACUCUCACACAUGUUUCAUGGAUGGGUAAAAUAAUAAAUACUGAACUUCAGUGAGAAAGUUUGGGAAGAGCAGAGACGAGGAAGUUAAUUGUUACAGAUUAUCUCUGCCUUGCACUGUUGACCAAAUGCUUCCAGUCAUGUUAGAAAUAUUAAAACUAACAAUUUCUUGUAUAGCUUUUGUUAUUUCAUCCACUAAUCCUUCACUCCUCAUUCCCUGUACUAAUGUGACAUAGUGACAAUCCAGACAGCAUAGUUUGUAGCACAGAGAUGUACCAGAUUAUGAUUCAACUGGCAGACAGUCAGAGGUAAACCAUAAUUCUUGCUCCCAAAAUCACAAUCUUCUCGAAACAUGACUUGCACUUAAUGAUACAUUGAACCUGCUUUCUCACUCACCCUACGAAUUACCCCUCAAAAACCUCUCCAGCAAUAUACCCUUGGGUUCAGAUUUCAGCUACAGUGCCAGGUGCUGCCUUGUGUCCUUAUUGUUAAGAGCAGUUUCAGACUAUGAUACUUAAAAAAAUUCACUCUCUGUAUGCAGGCACCUCUGGAAAGCCCAUCAUUUAGCAUCCAUUCCUAAUCCCCCAUCCAGCUGAGUAGUUGUGAGGCCACUCAGUGGUCAGUUUAGAGCCUCACCCAUGCUGGUGUGGGACUGGUCACAUAUAUGACAGACCGGAUAAGGACAGUUGGCUUCUUUCCAUAAAGGGCUUUAAUGAUAAUCCAACAGCUUCAAGAUCAUUUUUACUGAUACCAGUGUUUUGUUUAAACUGAAUUCAAAUCCUCAAACCGCCAACAUUGCAUUUGCAUUCAGGCUGACUGGAUUAUUAGUGUAGGUUUUGGAUUACUAGCCUGGGUCCCUGAAUGCCUAGUGCAGCAACAUAACCAUUACACUACCAUAGUGUGCGUUGUAAUAUUAGCAAUGAAGAUCUGGUUUUGACCCCUAAAAACUCAGGCCAGAACAGGAGAAACCUUCUCUCCAAUCCUUUGUAGGGAAGAAGCCUUCUGCUAAGAGUGAAAGGCUUAGACGUGUUUUAAACCUUUCCUGUAUCAGUGAACUGGUUUCAGGUGACAAGCCGUAGAAGUCCCAAAUCACCAAUGCUGGGUAGGCUCUCUAUUCCUGACCUGAAGAUGAUAAGCCAUAUAGGCUGCUUCUGCGUUAGAGCUUGAGUUUAGAUCAAGCCAGUGAUCCCCUUGUGAUAGCAGCUAUCUCAACAGGUGGAAUCCUUUUGUGAAAUAUGCCAGUAGUUAUUCAGGGUCAGGAAUGCACAGUUUACAAUAACAGGUAGCUCAACACCCAUCACAGCCACCCUGGCAAGCAGGGCUGGCACUCUGAAACUUUUUAUAUCCAGGCAAAUGAAACCUAAUUGACUUACACCAUUAACACAAGUAAGAUUACACAUUCUUCCAAUUGACCAUUAUGCCCAGGGUGAUAUUAUUCAGACAUUUUUACCUUUGAAUCUGGUGACACCUGUGACUGAACAGCACUGACAUGCACGCGCAUACAGGCAUGUACAUACACACACACAUGUAGAAUCACACAAAUAGACACAUGCACACAUGCAUACACAAACACACAUGUAUACACGUUUAUAGAUACAGGCAGACCCGCACACACAAAAAGAAACAGACAUACACACAACCUGCAAAUAUUUAUUCUUCUUAAUAGGAAGAAACGGAAUCAAUGUGAUGCUUUUAAAGCCGUACUGGGGACAAUUGAAGUAACAAAAUCCAUACCCAACGUACAAGGUCAAUUCAAUCCCAGGUUUUCAGAUCUGAAACCAGCAGCUUGAUGGAACAAAAUUCCAAGGCUUCUUUAGGGACCUUUCUGUAAUAGGCAAUAAAUGAUUGCUUGUUCUUAUGUUUUGCACCAUUUCCCCUGGAGCCUCGCUCUUUUUUUUCCAGUUAUUAGUGCCUUGUGCUGUCUUGUCUAGCUUUGCACUAAUAAUCACCAUAAGGGGGGAGAACAGUUCCUUGAGGUACACAAAACUGUAAACACAUUCUUACAGGCGGGUGUAAUAGACAAUACAAAGAAAAUCUUCCACCCAAUAUUUCUCCAAAAGAUCUCACCAUUACUCUUAGGCUAAUCUUUUAUGUAAGUGCAAGUGUGGACCAUUUGGCCUCUCAAAUGUUAAUUCAGUUGUAGACAAUGGCUGAUCUAUGCCUCAAAUCCAUUUACCCACCAUUUUUCCAGAUCCUUUAAUACCCUUACCUAGCACAAAUCUACCAAUCUCAGCCUUGAACAUUUCUGUUGACCCAGUGACUGUUAAUGAAAUGCCAAAGUGUGGCUCUGGCCCAUGAUGUUCUCCCUUUAAUCUCAGAUUUACCCUUGCCCAGUCUCUGGGUCGGAGCUUGUGAGGGAUAGAGUGAGUGAGACUGUGAUAUAAAGUAUGGGCACUGCAGGACGCUAUGACAUCAAUUUCUUUGCCUUGUACCAAAGCUAGAGCAGGGCAAGAGACAGAGAGGUUCAGAUGGGUUCUUAGGGGGCCAAGCUCAUGUCACUUUCAGGAGGGGCAGUAGAAGGUUUCAUGUUACAGAAUUACUAAAGAAUACAAUAAAAACAUCACAACAAGCCCUUACCAGCACAUGCCCUCCUACUUGCCCAUUUCCAAAACCCUUGAAAAUAGAUUCCCUCAUUAGAAAGUGCUUCCCCCUCAUGGAGAUCACAUGUUUGGCUGGGGGUGGUGCGGGGUGUUCCACUUGUAGCUGGUGUCUCCCUGCUGCUCUGGGCUGUCUUAGAUAAAGGGAGGGAGGAAGGAAGGAAUUGCAUUUAUAUAGCACAUUCCAUGACCACUGAACGUCUGAAAGUACUUUACGGCUGAUAAAAUACAAGAGUCAAACCCACUUUGAAUCGUGAGGGGCAGUGUUGGAAUCUGGCCCAAGGUGGCUGUGAGGAAAUGACAUUCCAUAUGAGGCUUAUGUGAAUGAAUGUGGUGAAGGAAUACUUCCAAAUGAAGGCUGGGGAUGGAAAGGGUAGAAGCAUGGGCAUAUAGUCAACCAGUCCAGAUACUUCAGCCCUAUAAAUUAGAGGUUAUUCUCAGUGGCAAACAUGAUUAAUAUAGCAUAUUCUUAAGUAGUAUGAUAAUUCCUGGUGAAAGGUGACUGGCUGUGUGUUGAGGUAAUUAAUUGGCAACAAAUCCCCUGUCCGUUAGCCACCAAUAGACAAUAGAUUUCUUUGUGUUUCCCCCUAUUUUACUGUCCCUGCUAAAACAGUUUCACACAAAGACUCAGUACCCUAGGGUGAAUAUCUGCUCCUCAAUCUUUCCAAGCACAGUGCCUGGAUGAGGUACUGUGUCCCUGGCAAACAAUUCACCAAGAGAGUCCUCGCUUCAUGAAUCUUGACCCCAAUAUCCUAAUUGUUAGUGUCUCAUGUUGGAAUAUGCCUAAUGUAUAAGUGAGUUACAUAGUAUGUAAGUUGCCCUGGAUAA